AUUUUCUUCAAAUAUACAACAUUUACUUUAAAUUAUAUUAGUUGAGAACAUUUAUUAGUUGAUAUGGCUGACUUGAAAGUUGACUUUGAUUCUUUAGGUAAGGCCGAAGGUCUCCUUAACUUGGAUAAGUUUCUUUCCUACCACUCCUUCGUUGGAGGCGUAAAGAACGCAACUACCGACGAUGUCGCCGUUUUCAAGAAGCUAGGAAAGGCUCCUGCUGAGAAGGAUUAUCCAAAUGUUUACAGGUGGUAUUUACACGUUUCAACUUGGUGUCACUCUCCACCCAAGGACCUUCCUAAAGGAAAUUUCCCUGUUAAAGAGGAUAAAAAGACCGAAGAUGACUUAGACCUUUUUGGCGAGGCUGACGAGGAAGAGGAUGAUUCACUAAAGAAGAAGAUGGAGGCUAUGAAAGCCGCAAAAACAAAGAAGAAGGAGGUUGCUAAAUCUUCCUUGGUAAUUCAUGUUGAGCCAGCAAGUGUCGAUGUUGAUUUGGACGAAGUUUUGAAGUUAGUUCGCUCCUUAAAAAUUGAAGGUUUGACUUGGGGCGAGGCUUCCACUAGGAUUCCUCUCGCUUUUGGCAUUGAGAAGCUCCAAGUUAUGUGCACUAUUGUAGAUGAUCUAGUAAACACCAAUGAAGUUACGGAGAUGAUUGAAAAUCUGGGCCUUUCAGAGGAGGACAAGACUAAGAAGACUGAGCGUGAAGAAGAUGGAUAUGAUAGCGAUGACGAGGUUCUUGGACUAGUUCAAUCUGCCACAAUUGUUUCUUUCAACAAACUAUAAACAAGGAUAUACUAUAUGAUAAUACAAUAAUUUAUAUAUUUGUA